CUUUACUCUCCCAGUGAGUUUCUAAAUAGGAACAUCAGCCGAAACACACAGGUGAGUCCCUGGUCCCUGGUCCCUGGUCCCUGGUCCCUGGUCCCUGGUCCCUGGUCCCUGGUCCCUGGUCCCUGGUCCCUGGUCCCUGGUCCCUGGUCCCUGGUCCCUGGUCCCUGGUCCCUGGUCCCUGGUCCCUGAUUAUUCACCAAUGAAAAAUAAUCUCCCCGCAGUGGAUCAGACCGUUGCUGUCUGCCCUGUCCCGCAGCUCACUUACCCACCUCAACCAGUUCCAGUGACUAACACUUCAGGGAUUCAAGCUCAGACUGCAUCUACUGUACACCUAGCAUCAAUGCUUAAGUUUUACUCUGUAUUGUAAUAUAUUGGUGUAACACAAUUAACUAGGAUGACCACUGGCAUGAAUAUGUUUUGUUUAGCGAUAAAUAUGCGACCCUAUAUUAAAGUAUUAUAUUUUCUUAUUGUACUAUGAAUAUUCUGGCCCGAUUGCCCUGAGAGGGGCUUCAGUGUUUCUUUUUUAUAAUAACUGUUUUUGUCUUCAUCCGAUAAAACUCACACUCACCCAUUCUCAUCUAAGGGUGGUGAAGAUAAUAAUCCACAUUCACAAUCAAUCACAUCCCAAUCAGUCGGAAUGCAAACAUUCAAGGCUACCUAUAACACUCAGACACUCACUUCCCCAGAUGUGCAGGGGACAGGUCCAGUCCCCCAGUACACCUCACCACAGUUCAAUCCACAACCGCUCCACCAACAGCACGGACACGUUCCAGUCCCCCAGUACACUUCACCACAGUACAAUCCACAACCGCUCCAGCAACAACACGGACAGGUUCCAGUCCCCCAGUACACCUCACCACAGUACAAUCCACAACCGCUCCAGCGACAAUACGGACAGGAUUAUAGGAUGGGUCCACCAUCAGGACCAGAACCUGUCAGGUCUCUAAUCUAUAUUAACCAAGCCCCACCUCUGGCAGCCCUUCAGGUGGUCAUGGUGCCAUCCUCUCUGAGGGAUGUACCGGGGGAGACGAGAUGCCCUCACUGCCAACAUCAGGUCGUCACUGAGACCCAAUACGUCAAUGGCCUGCUCGCCUGGAGCAUCUGCGCCAGUCUUGGCAUUUUUAUGAUGUGGCCCUGUUGUUUAGCUCCUUUCUUCUUGGACGCAUGCAAGGACGUUGAGCAUCGCUGUCCACAGUGCAAGACCCUUGUCUAUGUACACAAACGAAUGUAGCUUUAACGAUGAAAUCAAAUCUUGACUAAAUGACUAUUAAACACAAAGGGCCAGUUUCCCUGACAGAGAUUAUCCUAAACCAAAACUAGGCCUUAGUUAAAUUAGGAUAUUUAAGUCAUUUUAGAAGCAUCAUUUGCAAAAAUACAUUACUUGUGUGUAUAUCUUGAGAAAAAACAAUCACACAUUUUCAGAUAUGUGUCCCUGGACAACAAAACAGUCUUAUGGGUAAAUUUUUUGAAAUCAAGAUUUUUACAUCAUUUGAAAGCUGACAAUUUAAGCUCUAUAUUGAUGUAUGAGUUGUUAGAAUAUGAUAACAUCUGGCGGAGAUAUACUUGUUUAAAACUCUGGAAUCUGAGGGUGCAAAGGUUAAUUAAUGUGAAAAGUUGUUAAUGUUAGGCAUUGUCACUGGCCAUCCACUCUCAAAUAUAAAGUUUUUAUAUAUUUAGCAUAGGAAAUUUUGGAACAUGAUCUGUACUUGAUAUCCUAAUGAUUUUUGGCAUAAAAGAAAAAUCCAUAAUUUUGACCCAUACGAUGUAUUUUUGGCUUUAACUAAAAAUGUUCCCAUUGCUACUUUAGACUGGUUUUUUGAUCCAGGGUCACAUAUGUCAUUGCAAGUUGUUUUCGAUCAAGGAUCUUCUAACAUUUGAGUAAGUCUGGGACUAGGCUUAAACCCUGUCCGGGAAACCGCCCCAAAGUUUACCAAACCUAGUCUUUAGUCUGCAUUACUACAAUAUCUAAAUUGUAUAUUUAGAUGUGCCACCAGGGCAUUAAACAGUCUUUUAUAUUUAUUAUCUUAAAAUAAGAUGAUGAGAAUGAUAAUGAUCAUGCAUUUUAUUUCUAAUUGCUGUUUUGCACAACACACAAUGUUUAUUCUUUUUUGUGCUAAUUUUGUUCUAUUCAAUUUAAUUAAUAUGUGGCAAUGAGAAUAAGAGUGUAUUAACACUCUAUAAAAUGAACGCAUCAAGACAAACACUAUAGCCGCAUUUUAUUCUUAUCUUUAUUUAAAUAUUAAAAUAGUGGUGGUGCUUUUGAUUUUGACAAGCCAACAUUAAAGUUUACCCACAUAAUCAUGUCUAAUUAUCUGUGUUCUACUCAAGAAAAGAAAACCAAAGACAAUGUAGGCCUAGAAACUUGUUCAUCUAUAGUCUUGAUGAAGGAUGAGGUGGAUUCACAGGGUUUAAGAAUUCAAUGUAGCCUAUCUCUCAUAGUUCUGUUGCAAUAUCAGGUUUUCACUACAUGACGGAGGCAAAAAAAAUGAUAACUAUAUUUUCAAGAAUUAAAUGAUGCUAUCUGUCACGAAUAUCUUUAAUGUUGUUCGUGUUGUGUUUUAUAAAUUUUGAUAUUAUGGAAUUUUAGGUUGUUGACAAUGACCAAUAUAUUUUGACACUUAGCAUUGCAUAGCCAGAAUGCAAUGUUUCUCAAAUGUAUUCAAAUCAGAUGAGUUUUCUCUUU